GCUAUAACUAGCCGUGGAUAACUAGAUAACUAGCCCCCUGCAUUACCCUCACCAAUCCUUUAAUCAAUGCGUGGUUGCGCGCGCAUUCGCGUUUGUUGAUGUUGAACAAUCUAAAAUCUUAUACACGCGGAUAUAGGCUUGUGGAAAGGGAUCACACGUUGUUGUAGGAAUCGAUACCCAUAUAUGGGAAGUGAGAUUUGGGGGAAGCUAAAUCAGAACUUGCCAUUACUACAGCGUUCGCUUCAUCUUCCCACCCUUCUCGAUAAUCUCGUCAGAAAAGGCCAGAUCGACCAACAAACUAACAAAGAUCUGCUAAACUUAGAGGUAGAGGAAGCCGUGCCGAAACUACUAGAUCUGCUGAUGUCUCGGAAUCCGUCCAGCGCCAGAGACAUGAGUGAUGCUCUCCAAGAGACCCAUCCAGAUAUUGCCGAAAAAGUGGGCCUCGGCUCACUGCCUGCCGCAGAGGAUUGUAGCGAACCGUCGGAGCACAGCCACGUUGUGAAAUCCUACCACGCGGUGCUGGCGAUAUCCACGGAGCCACACAAACACCAGGAGGGGAACCAGCUACACCACUCCCAGAACAAACACUCGGCCUUCAUGUGAACGUGUGAAGAGCACAACAACAGUAAAAAUGGAUGAAAGAUAUAGUUUCUGUAUAUUACAGACAUAAUCAAACACAUUAUAAACAUUUAGUUCAUAGAAUCUCUCCAAGUGAAAGAAUCUCCGUAUUUAUUGAAAUUUACUAAUGUUCUUUUGUUGUUCUUUGUUGUUUUAUAAUUGAAUAAACAUUCUUUUUAUUUUGA